CCCACGGAGGGGAAGUCUGUGGACCCCCCAUGACCAUGGAGGAGCCGGCAGGACGUGGGACGAUCGGCGAGCUCUUCCUGGCUCUUUAUGAAAUGGGUUUUGAGGAGUCGCAGGUUCAGGGCGCUCUGCGGGCCGGCUGUCUAGGGGUGCAGGACGCCGCCGACUGGAUUUUGCGGAGUGGGCAGCAGCGUGGCUCGUUACACAUCCAACGCGAGGCAGACCCCGGAGCAGGAGCCGUGACAGCUUUCAAUCCGCCGAGAGACAGAGGAACUGCCGGUGACGCCCCAGCUGCUAGAGCGUCGCCAGAGCCCGGGGCCUGUCCACCAGCCAUCUCCAGCAGAGCGCAGCACAGACGAGCGUACGAGGAGAAGCAGAGCGCCAGAGAGGCGGAGGAGGCGAAGGAAGAGAGACGCUGCAAGAAAAAGGAUCGGGAUCUCGUUCUCCAGCGUAUUGCGGAGGAUCGGCAGAAACUGCAUGACCGGCAGCAGGUUAACGAGCCCCAAAGGGGUCAGAGUUCAGAGAGCAAAGGUCAUCUGACAGAUAAUGGCUGCGCUCUAAUGGUGCGUCUCCCCUCGGGAAGCUCCAUCCGCUUGCGGUUUCCUGCGGACUGUCUCUUGCGGUCCGUCUGCGAUCACCUGGAGUCCACGCAGCCGGCUCUGGCGCCCUGCAGCCUCCUGCAGACCUUUCCCACCAGACACUUCACUGAGGAGGACAUGGAGCACAGCCUGCGCGACCUCGGCCUCACCCCUAAUGCCGCUCUGUGUGUUCGCCACAAAGAGAAGCUUCUAGCAGAACCCGACCUGGAGCCCCCCGCAUCGUCUCCUGAGCCCCCCGCAUCGUCUCCGGCCCCCGUGGACACCAUCUGCAGUCCCGAUGAGCUCAUGUCACAAGGACAGCGCCUCCUGCCUAUUUUGGGUUCACCGGCUCACUCCGUGUCCCCCAACGUCCUAAUGAGAGACGGGCCGCUUCCCUCCCCGCAGCACUCAUGGGGUCGAGGGCAGAGCUUGGUGAGUCAGGAGCAAGUUAGACCCGAGGGAGAGCCGGGUGCCCCGGGAGACGUUGAUUUGAUUCCAUCGGGUUCCAGAUCGCCCGGCUCGGGAUCCCACCGCUGGCCCUCUAAUGGAGUGAGGCUCCGACCGUCGGAUGAGAGCGGUGACUCUGUGGCCCCGGCCUCCUCCCCGUCUCUGGAGGGCCCCCCAAGCGUCAGGGCGCGAGUGGCUGCGGAGCUUCGACAGGAGAGCGUGGAGCGGGAGCCGGCUGUCUGCAGAGUCUCCAGGCUGUCGGCCGUCCCCAGCUUACGCUGCCAGGCCCUGCAGGGUGCACUCGCUGUAAUCACCGCACCGACCCUGCAGUACUCGGGCUCGCUUUCCCGUCUGACCCCGGAGCUGGCAGAACUCCUCAUCCAUCACAUGAUCAAGGAGCGCGUCCUCCGGCCCCGGAACCUGGAGCUGUUUACAGGCAACCCGGUCCGCAGCAUUACCCUCAACUGCUACCAGUACUGCACCAAUGACCUCAUCCGACAUCUGCGGGGCUUCCCCAAUCUGAGGAUCCUCAGCCUGAGCGCCUGUACCCUGCUGACAGACGUGGCUCUGUCGGUGGCGCAGUAUUUGCCGAAGCUGCAAUAUCUCAAUCUCAGCUCCUGCACCAAACUUACAGAGUCCUGUCUGCUCUACCUGAGAGAUCUGAAGCACUUGUCGCACCUUGUCCUGGAUCAGACCAAAGUGAGCGAUGCUGGAAUGUGUGAUUUCCUGCUCUGCACUCGCUCUUCACUGACUCACCUGAGUGUAAAUCAGACCGCUGUGACAGAACGCACCCUGAGCCUGCUGGGCCACCGUACCCCCGACCUGCGAGUGCUAAGCAUCAAACAUACCCCGGUGUCGGACAUCUCUCAUCUGUGUGAGCUGAAGCAGCUGAACACUUUGCACUUAGACAGCACCCACGUUACAGAGCAGUCUCUCAUGGCUGUCACAUCUCUGUCUGAGCUCACAACUCUUACACUGUCAGGAGUGCAGUCUGUGACCUCGGACCGAGUGCUGGCACUUCUGUCAGGUCUCUCGCUCACACGGCUGGUGCUCCCUGGACGGCGCUGUCUCACACACCACGGUCUGUCCUUUCUCCAGCAGCUGAGUACACUUGUUGAGUUGGACCUGACUGAUCACACUCACAUCACAGACCAGGGUGUCCAGCAUGUCUCCCACCUGCGCAGACUGCAGGUCCUCUCCUUGUGUAACACGUCGGUGUCGGACGCCGGACUGGUCCAUUUGCAGGGUCUGAGGCACCUGGAGGAGCUGAGUCUGGACCGUACUAAAGUGACCAGCAGAGGGGUGUCUCGGUGCAUCCCACACCUGCCACACCUGCAGGUUCUGGGGCUCGCAGACACGGCUGUUGGGGAUAAUGUGUUAAAACUUGGCAUCAGACGCUGCAAAAACCUGCUGAAGGUCAAUCUCAGCCGGACACGGGUGACCAACAAGGGUCUCUGUUUUCUGAGAGAAGUUUCUAUAGUGCAGAUGAACCUGGACGGCACUGGCGUGACGGGGCAGGGGGUAGCUGACCUCAUGUUGUCCUGCACUUCCAUCCUAAGCAUCCGGGCCAACAGCCUUCGCCUUAUCCCUGCGCAAGAAAUUUCCGACGAGGAGGACUAAGCCGCGUCUCCUGGCCUGUGGGCUUACGCUCUAUAUGAAGUAGCCGGCUCUGGCUUGAGUGUCGGACGCCUUAGUCGAAACUCCUUUAGCUAGGAGCUGGUUUUGAGGGCUCCGGUGCGACGGCGUCUGACCCCUGUAGUCUUCCAUUAAAAGUGAGCUGCGUCUGGCCGGGGGGCCGCUGGUUGAAGUUUUGAUUUGCGAGUGCAAGUCCUGCAACCCCCCCCCACUCCCAGGAUGUGGUACUUCAUCCCGCUUUUCAGGACUUCGCAUCCUACGAUUUAGGAAUAAUAACCCCCAGCGGUGCAGAUUAUAGAGAGUGGGGAGAGACACGAUGCUUAGCGCCGGGUAUUGCCUGCAUUUGAGUGCAGAACGUGUGGAGUGGCGACGGACUCUUUAGUCUUACAAAUUAGUACAGUUUAAAAAAAAAAUAA